GUGAGUCCCCGGCACCGCUCGCAAAUGGGUACGCUCCAAAUCCAGCAAUUCAAUCCGCCCGGGGGUGGUAGUGCCGGCCAGGACGUUUUAGGGCGUUGAUGGAAGAGCAAGAGCAAGAACAAGAGCACGCGACCAAGCAUGGGCGAUCAUCUGAGAUACAAGCUCCUCCAUCGCGCGCAAUCGCCCACUUCCAAUCUGCCCAAGCCGCUCUUCCAGGGGAUGGACGUGGUGGGAUUGAAGAAGCGCGGGCAGGGCAUCCGGUCGUGGAUCCGGAUCGACCGCGCGGGCAAUUCCCAGGUGCUAGAGAUGGACAAGUUCAGCAUCAUGAGGAGGUGUGAGCUUCCGGCUCGCGACUUGCGGCUGCUGGAUCCACUCUUUGUCUAUCCUUCCACGCUGCUGGGACGAGAGAAGGCCAUCGUUGUCAACUUGGAGCAAAUCCGGUGUAUCAUCACCGCGGACGAGGUGCUGCUCUUGAAUUCGCUGGAUCACUACGUGCUCCAGUACGUGAGCGAGCUCCAGCGGCGAUUGAUGCCGAGGAUGACGAGCUCCUCGAGCAGUAGCAACAUCGCCGGGAGAUAUGGUGGUGGUGGUGGGAUUGGAGCGAUUGGAUUUGGAGGUGGUGGAGGUGGUGGAGGAGGGAGCUGGGAGUGUGGGACUGAGGAUCAUCCGGCCAAGCAGGAGAUGAGGAGGGCGGCGCUGAUGAGAGAGACGGACAUGUUUAGCGGAUCGUCGGCAGCGGACGAUUUGCCGUUCGAGUUUCGAGCGCUCGAGGUGGCGCUGGAGUCGGCGUGCACGUAUCUUGACACACAGGCUACAGAGCUUGAAGAGGAAGCGUAUCCAGUUCUGGACGAUCUAACCUCGAAGAUCAGCACGCUCAACCUGGAGCGAGUUCGUAGGCUUAAGAGCAGGCUCGUGGCACUCACCAGGAGAGUCCAAAAGGUCCGGGACGAGAUCGAGCACCUCAUGGACGACGACGGUGACAUGGCCGAGAUGUAUCUAACCGAGAAGAAGGAGCGAGCCGAGGGCUUCUUGUACUCAAACAACGUCUGUGCGUCGGUGUCGGCCCCUGUGUCUCCGGUUGGCAGCCCGCCGACCGAGAAGAUCAAGAGCCUGGACAAGACGAUGAGCCUGGGAAGAAACCUCUUGGUCCAGCCACCCGGCUCGGACAGUGAAACGGAGCGAGUGGAGGAGCUGGAGAUGCUGCUCGAGGCCUACUUUGUUGUCAUCGAUGGCACGCUCAACAAGCUCACCUCGCUCAAGGAGUACAUUGACGACACCGAGGAUUUCAUCAACAUCCAACUGGUACUUUCCGAGAAGUUGUCGAUCCAAGGUUUUUCGGUUUUUGAUCGAUGGUCUUUGGUUUUGAUCGUCCAGGACAAUGUGAGGAACCAGCUGAUCCAGUUCGAGUUGCUGCUCACGACCGCGACGUUCGUGGUGGCGAUUUUUGGCGUGAUUGCGGGUGUUUUCGGGAUGAACAUCCAGAUUGACCUCUUUGACGAGCCGCGAGCUUUCAAGUGGAUUCUCAUCACGUCUGGCGUUGCUGGCAUCGCGAUCUUUCUCGCAUUCGUAUUAUUCUUUAAGCAGCGGAGGCUGCUGUCACUGUAAAAAAAGUAAAGCCUCCGAUUUGUGCAGCUGAGAGAAAUAAGGAAACGAGAGAACUUGCAGAUC